GAUGUGAAUUUUAAAAAUACCAAAAUAUUUAAACUUAUCGAGAAGCUAUCAUAUGCUUAAUCGAUUGCUUGCCGGCCCUGGUUACCGGCGUCGAUUUAAAAGUAGAAGAAGAAGCUCGUGCCCAAUGCUUUGAAGUUUGAAGUUUGAAGUUUCAUUUAUUGUUGAGAUUAUAUUGGAGAAAGAUGCCUUACUAUUUGGAGCACGCUUUUACUGGUGCGAAGUAUUAUAUGCUCAAGGGCAUUAAUACGCUGGGUCGCCACUCCAUGUGCACCUGUCCAUUGUACUACGAUUAUAUAUCCCGAUACCAUGCCAGUAUCACCGUUACAAAUGAAAGAAUUUACGUAAAGGCUCUGGAUGCACUCAAUGGCCUAUAUCUGAACUUCAUGGAAGAACGUUUACAGGAUUAUUUGGAGGAAAUAUUUAUAGGUGACGUCCUGAUUUUCGGGUGUCAGAUUCGUGUCAACGAAAUGUCCCAAUCACCACAUACUUUUGGGGUUUUUAUGGUGAACUUCCAAGAGCUGGAGCCGAUGGAUUCGAGUGAUCAGAAUGAUCCGAGUGAGCCAAGUAAGACAAGUGAAUCAAGUGAUUCAAGUGAUUCAAGUGAUUCAAGUAAGCCAAGUAAGCCAAGUAAGUCAAGUGAGCCAAGCAAGUCCAGUGACCAGGAUGAGUCAUAUGAUUCGGAUGUGAUGGAAGAGGUGCCUCCACUACCAGCUCCGGAAUGGUGAAACGAAAAACAAGCCACGCUUAGAGAGAGAGAGAGACACACAAAAGACACACAAAACGCACACGACUUACAAGCUAGGCCAGACUCACAAGACAGGCGAGACACGCAAGACAGGCAAGAGAAGAUACAAUGGAAAUGUGAAUGCGAAUGCUACACUUAAGAACAAAAUCCAUUUUACGGCGUUAAUUUGCCAAACCCGAUAAGACAAUGGAACUGUAGCCCAAAGGACCACACAGUCUUUGCAUGCAAAUGACCAACAACAAGGAGCCCGCUGCAAGGAAACACAAAAAAAACACUCACAGUUCCAACUGAAACACUAGUAAAAUAUUCAAAAGGAAAACUUCAAAGGCUA